AUGGGUAUCAGCCGUGAUCACUGGCAUAAGAGGAGAGCUACGGGCGGUAAGCGCGCCCCAAUCCGUAAGAAGAGGAAGUACGAGUUAGGUCGCCCGGCUGCUAACACCAAACUUGGCCCACAACGUAUUCAUUGGGUCCGUUCUCGUGGAGGAAAUACAAAAUACCGUGCAUUACGUCUUGACACCGGUAACUUUGCUUGGGGUUCGGAAUGUGCCACUCGUAAGACUCGUAUCAUAGAUGUAGUAUACAAUGCAUCUAACAAUGAGUUGGUGCGUACCAAGACACUUGUGAAGAAUGCUAUAGUGGUAGUCGAUGCCACCCCAUUCCGCCAGUGGUAUGAAUCCCACUACCUUCUGCCUCUUGGAAGAAAGAAGGGUGCUAAACUGACUGAAGCUGAAGAAGCCAUUAUUAAUAAAAAAAGGAGCAAGAAGACCGCAAAAAAAUAUUUGUCAAGACAGCGCCUUUCUAAGGUUGAAGCUGGACUUGAAGAACAAUUCCACACUGGACGUUUAUUAGCCUGCGUGUCGAGUCGGCCAGGCCAGUGCGGUCGCGCCGAUGGUUACGUAUUGGAGGGCAAAGAGCUCGAGUUCUACUUAAGAAAAAUCAAGUCUAAGAGGGCGAAGUGA